GACGUCAUCCCUCGCAUGGAACGGCGCCCUGAGCGUUGAGGCUGCGUAAGCGUGUGCGGGGCAGGGCCAGAGCACGCGCCUUACGCGGGGCGGGUUGGCCGCGCGCGUGCGCGGGGACACCUGGGGGUGGCUGUUGAUCUGGGGCCGGCAGGCGGAGCGUGGCAGGACUUGGCGAGGAGCUCCCGCCCUCACGCCUUGCGAGAGGCCGCUUCCCUCCCCAGCCCUUGGCAUCUGCUUUUCAGGACACAGCCACUCCCAAAGGGAUGGAGAAAGGCAGCUGAGACGCCCCCGAGGCUCCUGCAAACGGCCUCUCAGACUAGCCUCAUCCUACCUAGUUUGGCUUCCUGGGGGUGGGCAUUUCUUCCCAGCCUGCUCUGGACCCUUUUUAGCAGCGCAACAGACCAAAGGAGAUGGAAGAAAAGGAGCGAUGUGAUAAAUUCCAGCUGGUAUCCUGAUGCUAAGCGGAUUUAAAUCUUAUUUUGAUAUUUUUGGGGAGGAGACAGAGGGAAGGAAAUACCCCAACAGCAACUUUUUAUGGGGUGGGGGAGGAGGGAGGGAGGGAAAAAAUGAUUCCUACGUGAUUUUUGCAAGCAAUCAAUUACUAAACAAACUGAAGCACAAGAGGGUUUGCCAGCUGGAAGCAGGAUUUGCCUGUAAAAGAAGGGAUCAGUGGGCUCUUGUUUUGAUUGCGGAGGUGGGGGAGAAACUUCAGACUCCUCUGUUUCUCACUAUCUUCCCACAACUACCCUAUGAAAAAAUGAGUUGCGUGCCAUGGAAAGGUGACAAAACCAAAUCAGAGUCUCCUGAGCCACCACAGCUGGCACCACUGCGUAUUUACCAUGAGAAACAGCGUAGGGAGCUGUGUGCUCUCCAUGCCCUCAAUAAUGUCUUCCAGGACAGCAACGCCUUCACCCGGGAAACACUGCAAGAGAUUUUCCAGAGACUGUCUCCCAACACCAUGGUGACACCACACAAGAAGAGCAUGCUGGGAAACGGGAACUACGAUGUGAAUGUCAUCAUGGCAGCGCUUCAGACCAAAGGCUAUGAAGCAGUUUGGUGGGACAAGCGCAGGGAUGUUAAUGUCAUUGCCCUCUCUAAUGUGAUGGGCUUCAUCAUGAAUCUGCCCUCCAGCCUCUGCUGGGGUCCCCUGAAGCUCCCCCUUAAACGACAGCACUGGAUCUGCGUCCGGGAGGUGGGAGGCACCUACUACAAUCUCGACUCCAAACUCAAGAUGCCAGAGUGGAUUGGAGGUGAAAGUGAGCUCAGGAAAUUUUUGAAACACCAGCUGAGAGGAAAGAACUGUGAACUUCUGCUGGUGGUGCCAGAGGAGGUGGAAGCACAUCAGAGCUGGAGAGCUGACAUGUGACCUGGAUUUGCCCUGUCCUUUCUCACUACAGCUCCAGUCCCUCCCCCCACAACCCACUGAUGUCCUCUGGCCUGGAUAAUGGGUGCCCUAGCUCUUUUCCUCUGGAACUUCCUUUCAUUGGUCUCUUUUCUUUCUGUAUUGAUGGUGCAAUAGGACAGUGGCAUAGGGUAUUGUGGGGGCCGAAAUGGAGGAGGAAGGAAGCCAGUCACUUUUUAAUGAGGAGAGGGAGUUCUAUGCUUUUAAACUGAUUACCUUGCAUAGUGCUCUUUAAAAUAAGCUUUGGGGAUAAGGUGUUUGGAACACUCUGCUGAUUCUUCCCCAUACCCCCAAUAUCUUAAAGACUAAUUGUGGUUGGACACUACUCCCUCCAGACUUAACAAAACUUCUUUGGAUGGAAGGUGUCAAGCAUGCUGCCUCCUCUCUGAAACAGUCUCUACCCCCAAAGCAAACUAUGCUGGAUACAUUUGCAAAUCAUGGGGGACUCUCAGGAAACUGUUGAACACUAGCAAUGGUAUGGUGCUCUGUAGAAUCUCCUGUUUAGUGAGGGUUUGUGCCAAGGGUUAGGGACAACCUAUCUUUAAAGAAACUCUUGGGGUAGGUUGGGGGGAUUCUUCUCUAAUGUUUUUAGGGACUUUUGUUAUGCAGAUGGCUUAGAUGCUUCUUUGGAUAGGGCAGGGCAGGCUGAUUAGGGAGUAGAAGUAGUAACAAGUUUAGGCUGGUGCAGAAGCAUCACAUCUGGAGUGAGAGAGGCCACCGGAGGCUUGUAGGGGGUUUUCAUUGGUGCGGUAUAUAACAUCUUAAUUGUUCCUGUAUGUGCACUUGUUAGUUCAGGAGCUGAUUGCAGAGAAGGGAAUAAAACUGAAGGUGUUUAAGAGGAAGGAGGGAGUCGUUUCCUCUUAUUUUCCUCCUCUGGGGAAGACUAGCCAUGGCCAUGAGAGAGGAAGAAAGAGGGUGGAGAAACUCUUCUACAAAUAAACUAGGAGUUACGCAAAGCAAAAUCAAAGAGAGGCAUUGCAAUUCUAGAUUUCUCUGCCUCCUGUCGUCAUCAGCAGUUACUGGGAGAGAUGCAUACAGGGUUCAUGAGAGAGUCUUCCUGAUGGUAAAGGCAGAUUGGCUAGCAUGGUAGCUGAACAAAGUACUUCGGUUUUGGCUGACAGACAUUCCCCUGACUGCUGAGUCACCUCACCCUCUGUUCCCUCCUGCAGAGAAAAGUGACUAAGAGACAGGGAGACUCGAGUAGAAUUCUUUCACUCAGUGUUUUUUCCUAUGCCACCAGGUGCUGGGUGUAGUUUAAUCAUUCCUUCCGCAGCAGAAAGAGGAAAGGGUGAGUUUGGGAUGAAUUUCACACUACUAUUGACUCUUCCUGGUCAAGAUAUGUUACGACUGUUUGUCUCAUUUCCUAAUGCACAUGCUGUCCUCCCAGUUAUAACAGCAAGUGUAGAACAGUGAUGGAAACCACCCUGGGUAAGCCAGUGUCUGAAGCUAAACUUACAAACCACCAAAGCCUUCCCUUUGCAACAGAAAACAGAGGCCAUGUGGCAACAGGACAAGAGUGAUGGUGUGGUCAACCCUGGACAUCCUACAGGCACCAUGCUGCAGCCUCCUGACAACACAUUGGCAGUGGCUCUUCUGCACAUUCUACAGUCCAAACCCAAUGUUUCUAUUUCUACAAGAGCCCUACUUCCUUCUUACCACCACAUUCCAGUGACCAAAACCAGCUGGCAGAAUUUUUAAACACAUCACAAGCAGGAAUUCUGCUUAUGACUUGAAGCCAUUUUCUAAAAGGGAAGGGAAAAAAAAUCAACAGCAAAAGAAUUUUCUAUGCUGAUUAAAAUCACACUUUGGAGAGACCCUGUUUGCUUGGAAGCCGCAAGCCAAUGGAUCAGUGCACAAUAUGCAAAGAUGUUUUAAAAACAUUGUAGGGCUGCCUCCCUAUAUUUGUAUCUAAUGUCACUGCUUAACCCCCAGGGAAAGGGUGUGAUCCAGCUGCUCAGGAAAAGGGAAACUGUAUGAUCACAUCCCUGGGGAAUAGUGCUGUGGUGACAGAGGGAGGGGAAACAGACUAAUCCCACUGCUUAGGAGUGGGGAAGCCCAUGUUUGUUUUUUUGCUUGUUUGGUUUUGUUAUAGCCUUGUCUUGGGUUUGUUUACAGAGAUGUAUUUUGUUUAACCAAAUAUUAAAAAUGGAAAAAUCUCCAUAUAAAGUGUCCUGUCACUUCUGUGUGUUCAGCUGAAUUGUUCUGUAACAUGGUAUGUAAAGGAAAAAAUAAAUUGUUCUUUGUUAUGAA